AAUUAAAUGCAUUUAAUAAUUGAAAACGUUUUCCAUAAUAAAGAUUGCUGCAACUGCCAUUCUUCACCAACUUGUGGUAGCUGUGUGUGAGAGGGAGAGGGAGAGAGAGAGUUGCCGAUGGCAAACGCUCUCAAAUUGCCGGUGGCUGACACCUCCUCUGACAAAGCAACAUGGGUAGCCUCUCCAUCCCAUGCCUUUUAUCACUUCGGCACCAGUGGAGCUGCUGUAGCUGCUGCUUCCAGCGUCACUCAUCCUUUAGAUCUUCUAAAGGUUAGGCUGCAAAUGCAAAUGGUUGGGCAAAGAGGACCGUUGAUCGGCAUGAGACAACUUGGUAUAAACGUGGUGAAAACAGAAGGACUAAGAGCCUUGUACAUGGGAUUGACGCCUGGGCUAGUGAGAUCAGUUUUUUAUGGAGGUCUCCGUCUAGGCUUAUACGAACCAUCGCUGCGUCUGUCUGAGAUGGCUCUGGGAUCCCCCAAUAUCUUGACCAAGGUAUUGGUUGGAGCCUUCUCUGGUGCUCUUGCAACAGCAGUCACCAAUCCUGUGGAAGUGUUGAAGGUGCGGAUGCAGAUGGGGAGAUUGACGACUAAAGGGCCGUUGCAGGAGCUGCGUAAGAUGGCUGCAGAUGAGGGCUUGACCGGCUUCUGGAAAGGGGCCGGCCCUGAAAUGACCCGAGCUGCUGUCUUCACCUCCUCACAGCUUGCUACAUAUGAUGAAACCAAGAGGCUCGUGAUGAGAUGGACUUCGCUCCACGAUGGAUUUUAUCUGCAUCUCAUUGCAAGCACCGUGGCUGGAGCUGCCAGCACUAUUGCAACUGCACCCAUCGAUGUGGUCAAGACGAGACUUAUGCUUCAACGACAGUCCAAACUUGUUGGAAACUAUAAAAAUGGACUUGAUUGUGCUUACCAGCUUCUAAUGAAAGAAGGUCCUCGAGGUUUCUACAAGGGGGCGUUUGCGUUGUUCACGAGAGUUGGCCCCCAAACAACAAUCACCUUCAUCCUGUGCGAGCAGCUACGAGAACUCGUCGGACUCAAGGCACUAUAAACCACGCCUGAAUUUCCUGCUAGUUGUGUUGAACAACUGAAGAUCAAUCUCUCUCAGAUGCAGCAUCGCCUCGCCUCGCCUCGCCUCCAUGGUUUUGUCAUCAUAUACUGAUACUCUAUAAUAAAUCUUCAUAUGACUUUUAAACGUGUUGUUACAUGUAUUUUCUAUCCACAUUCUUCUUUAAUAAUCCCAUACAUAAAUUUAAA